CGUUGUACGGUGUAGUAGUGUGUGUGUUGUGGUGGAAGCUUGAACUAGUGUUUGCGCGCGAGGCUUCGCUGUGCCUCUCAACGCGCCAAUUUUCGGGACAUAAAAGUGUUGUGAAAUCAUAUCACCAGGAAGCAAAGCCUCAAACAGCAACGUGUAGAAUUGGAUUUCAGGAUGUUAAAGCACGUGCAGCAGAGCCCGUUUCGGAUCAGGGCAGACACCCUGAGUCUCAGCUCCACGGCCAGCUUCUCCAGCCUCAGCCCCGAGCCUCUGUCCAGCAGGUCCUCCAGUUACUCCUCUCUCAACGAGUCGUCGCCCUCGACGACCAUCAAGGUGUACGCCCGAUGUUUGCGCCCUGACAUCGAGUACAAAACCCUCAGCAUCACGUUCCAGACGUCCUGUCGCGAGGUGGUGACGUCUCUACUCAACAAGUACCGGAUGCGCCACCGGGACCCCAACCUCUUCUACCUCACCAUGGAGGUCACUGUCAGAAAAGCUGGAGUGCGAACUGUUCUGGUGCUGGACGAGGACGCCCGUCCCGCGGUGCUGCAGUCCUGCCACCCGCGCGGUGACUCCCGUUUCUUGCUGCAGACGCGACGCGGUGGCCUCGUUAAGAUCUACGACAGCGUCCUGAUGUCUGGGUCCCAGUAUAAGAGCCUGCUGAUCUCAGACCGCACAACAGUGGAUGAGCUGAUACAGAUCCUUCUGAAUUGCUACAACAGUAAGGAACGCGUGGAACAGUUCUCUCUGUAUGAGGUGUGCCGUAGUCAGGAGUACCAACGCAAAUUGCACCCUGAUGACUGCCCUCUCAGUGUGCAACACUGCUGGACCAGCCCAAAUGAGUUCCACUUCCUCAUCAGACGUAACCUUGACUUCAGGCCUCGUAGAAAGGGUCCAUGGACUCCGGAGCUGCCAUCUAUCCCUUGCUCCUCUCGACAGAGCCAACCGGCCACGUCACAACAGAGCUCCCUGCAAAAUGAGACACCCACUAAAAGUUUGAGUAAUUUGUCAUCAUAUGCAGAUUAUGAAAACUACUUUUAUAUUUGAGUGUCUCCUUGUAAUGGAAUCUGUGUGAAAUCUAGUUGUGUUGGCUGUGAAGAAAAUAUGGAACUGGAUGAUGCAUUGGAAUAUACAAAUGUAACCUGCAUGAGAUAUGGCUGAUGAAGAUCAACGUGAAGCAGCUAUGAAAAUAGUUUUCUUUGGAUGGGAGUGGAAAUAACACAAAUUUGUUACCAAAGUAUGGAUCUUGUGAUUGUGCAGACUAAUUCUGAUACAUUUUUAAAGACUAAUUUUUGUUAG